UUCUCAGCUAUCAAUUUGUCGAUUAUAAUAACUUAAUUUUGCGAUGAGAAUCCAGCACGUCAGACCGGAUUGAUGAAUAACGGGGCCUUUCUUUGUAGAAUAAUUUAUUUUCAUAGACUCGAGGAUGCCGCUGUUCAAGGCGCGAACCACGCCGAGAUCGCCGGUAACGGAGAAGGCUGCAAAUGGUAUGCAGUAUUACAACUAUCAGCAUCAUCAGGCCGGCAAUGACAAUGGUCAUGACAACGACACGAAUGGUAACGGUACUAGUAGCCGAUCGGGGAACGGUGCUCCUCCUCUUCAACACGAACAGACGAGAUCGCCACCCCGAGACCCGCGGCCAUCGACGCUGGUUUUCCACUGCCAACUGGCCCAUGGCAGUCCCACAGGACUGAUAUCGGACUUCAGCAAUGUCCGGGAACUGUACCAGAAAAUUGCCGAACGUUAUGACCUACCCGCGGAAGAGAUUCUUUUUUGCACACUCAACACGCACAAAGUGGACAUGACGGAGCUAUUAGGCGGGCAAAUCGGCGUGGGCGACUUCAUAUUCGCACAUAAGAAAGGCCAACCGAAAGAAAUCGAGUUGGUGAAAACGGAUGACGCUUUGGGUCUGACGAUCACUGAUAAUGGUGCCGGCUACGCUUUCAUAAAACGUAUAAAGGAAGGUUCUGUGAUUGACAGGAUAAAGGUGAUUGAAGUGGGCGAUCAUAUCGAAAGGAUUGAUUCGACCAGCCUCGUUGGCAGGCGGCAUUUUGAGGUAGCGAAGAUGUUGAAAGAUAUACCGAAGGGUUCAACGUUCACGCUGAGGCUAGUGGAGCCGCAGAAGAACGGUUUUGGUAGCAUCGGACCGCGUGGUGAUCUCAAAAAAGGAAAAAAGUCUGACUAUGGAUCCGGCAAGGAGACUUUGAGAUUCAAAGCUGAUGGUAGCGCACAAAUCGUAGAGCAGAUUGAUGAUGCUGCUGCGAUAGGCGUCCAGAAGAUUAACACUAUCUUGGAAAGCUUCAUGGGCAUCUCCGAUACGGAGUUAGCGACACAAAUCUGGGAACUUGCCGAGGAUAAAUGCAACAGUAUAGACUUUGCCGAAGCGAUAGACAACUCCGACUUGGAGGACUUCGGUUUUACUGACGAUUUUGUGAUCGAAUUGUGGGGCGCUGUGACGGAUGCCAGAGCGGGCCGGCAUCGAUGACGAGAGGAUCAACAAUGUAAUGAAAAAAACAUGUCCAACAAAAUGUCGAACAAUGAAGUGAUGAAAUUAUCUAUGAACGAAGUGUUCUUCUGAUUGAAGAAGAUGACGUUCAUUUAUUCUCGUGUUACCGUAAUCCAGAGGCCUACACGUGGGCGCAUGUUUAGCGUCAAUCGUGAUUACAUUUCUCUUUGAACAAUUUUAUUUAAAAAAUAACUGCGUUCAGCAAAAAA